CUUCAUCAAUCAUUUAGUUCAUAAUAUAUUAAUUAAUUAAUUAAUUUAAAUUUUGUGUAUUUUCAUCAAAUCCGACGUUCAUGCUCGUCAAAACGAUUCUUCAACUCCUUCAUUGAUUUUCGUCAUUUUUAAUUCCUUGUUUUUUUUUCCCCAAAGAUUCUACAGAUACUCAUAUUGCCUGGAUCCAGAAAUCCAAAACCUCCAAAUAACCCAAAUCUUUCCCCUUAUUUAACUCCUCUCUUUCUCUCAAUUUCAAUUUCAUCAGAGAUCCAUUUCGCAAUGGCAAUGAGAAAUUCAGAAUGCCGUACUUCAAUUCUCCUCUGUUUCUUCUUCCUUUUCCUGUUUUCGGUUCAAAUCGAGGCUAAGAAUCAGAAGGAAGCCCUAGAUGCUCUGUACAAAGCGAAAUUCUUCAAGAACUCAAAUAACGCAGCGGAUGUUUCGUCGGAACUUUUCGUCUACAGUGAAUCAGCGGCUGAUCAAAACGCCGAUGAGCUACGGAGCGUUGAGAUUUACGAUCAAACCGGAAUGAAGCGGCAGGACAAAAUCGAACGGCUACCAGGACAACCGGCGAACGUUAAAUUGUCGCAGUACGGCGGAUAUGUGACGGUGAACAAAUCCGCUGGCCGAGCCUUCUAUUACUACUUCGUUGAAACUCCUCAUAAAAAGAAAUCGUUGCCGCUUCUUCUCUGGCUCAAUGGAGGGCCUGGAUGUUCGUCUCUUGCCUAUGGAGCAAUGGCUGAACUCGGUCCCUUCCGUGUUCGUAGCGACGGCAAAACCCUCUUCGAAAAUCGGUUCUCAUGGAAUCACGCUGCAAAUGUGUUGUUUUUGGAGUCACCAACGGGAGUUGGAUUCUCGUACUCAAAUACAACGUCGGAUUACAAAACCAACGGAGACAAGAGCACGGCAGAAAACAACUACGUAUUUUUGGUAAACUGGCUGGAGAGGUUCCCGGAAUACAAGCACCAAGAUUUCUAUAUCGCCGGCGAGAGCUACGCCGGCCACUACGUCCCUCAACUGGCUCACACCAUUCUCUCACACAAUAAGAAGGCGGGAAGAAAUAUUGUCAAUCUCAAAGGCAUUAUUAUUGGGAACGCAGUGAUCAACGACGAAACAGACCAAUUCGGAAUGUACGACUUCUUCGCAAGCCACGCACUAAUCGCCGACAGAACCGCAGAGGACAUAAAGAAGUACUGCAACUUCACGUCAGACGCGGCGGUGCAGAGGCCGGAGUGCAUAGCCGCUUCGAACAUAGUGGAGUUGAACACAGGCGUAGUGGACAUCUACAACAUCUACUAUCCCUUGUGUCGGAACAGCAGCCUGACAAACGUCCCAAGGAAAGCGACGGUAAUGAACUUCGAUCCUUGCACCGAUUACUACACCUACGCCUACUUGAAUCGAGCCGACGUUCAGAAGGCGAUGCACGCCAACGUCACCAAGCUUUCCUACGAUUGGGAGCCUUGUAGCGAUGUCAUGAGCGGCUGGUCCGAUAGUGCUUCCACUGUUGUUCCUCUGCUGCGAGAGUUCAUGGCUUCUGGCUUACGAGUUUGGGUUUUCAGUGGUGACUUUGAUGGGAGAGUACCCAUUACUUCUACCAAAUAUUCUAUCGAUUCAAUGAAACUUCCUGUGAAGAAAUCUUGGUACCCUUGGUUCAUUGCUGAUGAGGUUGGAGGAUAUGCGGAAGUAUACGAAGGGGAAUUGACAUUAGCAACAGUGAGAGGAGCAGGUCAUGAAGUGCCAAGCUACCAGCCAAGAAGAGCACUUGCACUCAUCAAACACUUCCUUCAAGGCUCUCCUCUCCCUUCUUCACAUCGUCGUUCUACAUAAUCUUAUUUAUGUCAAUAUCUUUAAGUUACCAUCCAUAAUAUUUUUCAAUUGUGGUCCUUUAUAUUAUUUAUCUAUUUCUUGUUGCAUUCCCUUUUCACAAACUUCAUUGAGGGAAUGUGAUGGGAUAAUUCUUUUACCAAUUUACUUUCUCAAGAUGGAUGUAGUAAGAAAAAAUUAUUAGUCAAGAAAAACUUAUUAGUUAUAAUUGACUAUUUUGAUGAAAAAA